GUGAAUAACUGCACCGACGUUGUAUUCGAGGCCAGGGAUGAGCAGCAGCUGAGUUCCUGGACAGCAGCAAUCAAAGAAUGCCUGGCCCAAGGGUCAGAGAGAGGCAACACAGAGCUACUUGCAGGCCAGCACUCUGACAUCAGCGCCUCCAGCCCUGCCAAUGGCCACACCAACUCCCUUCCCCAAGGCGCCACUGCAGGAGGUGUUACACAUUGUGGGCAGCCAAAGCCAUCCUACCAGAAAACCAACCACUUCCUCUCUUCCUACCCCUGGUUCCACGGCCCCAUUUCACGCAUCAAAGCCAUCCAGCUUGUUCAGCUGCAGGGGGUGGAAGGCCACGGGGUUUUCCUUGUUCGACAGAGCGAAACACGCAGGGGCGAAUACGUCCUCACCUUCAAUUUCCAAGGAAGAGCGAAGCACCUGAGGCUCUUGCUGACUGAGCGGGGGCAGUGCCGUGUACAGCACCUGCACUUCUCCUCCAUUGUGGACAUGCUGCACCACUUCCAACAGUACCCCAUCCCCCUGGAGUGCAAUGCCACCUGCGACGUCAAGCUCGCCAGCUACGUGGUGGUCAGCCCGCCUGCCCAAGGUCCAGGUUCAAGCAACACCAUCUUGCUCCCAUUCUCCAUCCUGAAUUGGAGCUCUGAAUUUAGCUUUACCCACAUCAGUCCCUCCAGCUGCCCCCAGCUACAUAUGGCAGGCAACAUUCAUCCCAGUUCUCAUCAAGAGCAGAUCUUCCACCGAGAGCUGGCCUACAGCCUUCAACACAACGAUGAAGCCGCCAUGCACCCCAGUCGGCAGUGGGACUGUGACUACGAGCUGGAUGCCCCUGGCAGGGGCCACAUGCGGGCUAUUGACAAUCAAUAUACACCACUCUGA